UAUCCUCGUACCACUACAAUGUUUGAUAACAUUCAAGAAUUAGCUGGUUCACCACAACAUGGUCAGUACACUUGGAGGGAUCAGUCACCUCCUCAGUAUUGUCAAGGUGGACCCAGUAACCCAAAUGUUGUCUACCAGACUUGUGCUCUCAAGAGUAUAGAUCAAACCCAACAAGUCCAACUCAAACAUGUCCUGCACCUCAUUACUAUCCACCAAUACACCAUAGUCAAAUGGCAGGUCCACAUGGUGGCCAUUACCCCUCAACUCAUCAGCCAUCAUACAAUCAGCACAUGAGCCACCAAGGCCACCAGGGAUAUCCACCCAGCAACAGAUGGUUGGGCGACGCAACUCAGGACCAAGUUAUGUUGGGCCACAGUCACCGCAGAUCAGACGAAAGAAUUAUGCAGGAGGCCUUGUUACUCCUCCUACACCAACAGAAAGUGGUCGGCCAAGUCCUGGUCAGAAGAGACCAGUUUCUUUUGUGAGGUCCUUAGAUAUGAUGGAUAGUAUAGAGAUGUCAUCACGAGGUCCUCCCCAUCAUCAAGGUCCUCAUGGACCUCCACAUGAAGGUCACCAUGCAGUGAUACAUAGCCAGAGGUCUCAUGGGGGUACGCUCAGCCCAACACACACUCCCAAGCCAGACCACCGUCUGACAACACCACAAGAUCUUGACCGACGAUCGGCAUAUGAUAUGAAUUAUGAAAUCAGUGUGUGAAGUACUAACAGCCUGUUGCAGAUGCCUAAGAAUUUGAGUGUGUUUUUCAUGUUUGUCUGUAUGUAUGUGUGAACUUGUCUGACCAAAACGUUAGAGCAGCAGCAGGACAUAAUUAAACUGAAGAACAUUGAUAAGUGUGAAGGUGGUGACGUGUGACAUUGUGCCAAGCUGAACUGUCCAGAUGAGAUAAAAAGGAGGUCAGAGCAACCUGGAAAAAGAAAUAUUAACAAGAAAAUUUUAACUGACCAAGGUACUGACCUCUUCACAAGAGAACUGGGCAAUUCUUGCCAAGUGUGCACCUAUGCUAGUCACAAAUGUUUCUUUUAGGAGCCAUGACUUGAAAUAAGACAUUAUAAAAAGCUUAGUGUAGUGCAGCUGGGGCAUUCAUGGACAAUUGCUGUGGCUGUGGUAAUGCCAGUAGCUUGUUUGUUGCCCUUAAGACUCAAAAUUGUUUAAGUUUGACUUUUUAGAAGAUGGGCAUUUAAGAGCAUUCAUUGUUUUGAAAUGAGAAAAUUGUGCUCUUAUAGAACAUAAAUUGAGGAGAAUUUAUUUCCUGUUUCUUAGUGAAAGAAAAAAGUGAGCCAAAGAUGGCAUCGUCAAAUAUUCCCCCACAGAACACUUAAAGAACAGUCUUGUCAGGCGCCUCACCACCACUUACACCAGCCCUGUAACUCAUCAACCACAAGCCCUGGGUAGGAGUUGGCAUGCCUCCACAGCCCUUAGAAACUCGGAAGGCUCACAGUAGACCAACAGCCCCGCAAACCAGGACCCACACACGCUGUUCCACCUGCCUCCAACAUUCCUGUUCUGUGUAUAUUUCAUGUAUUUAUACACCUCCCAUCCUGGUAUUAAAUAUAGCCAUACACAUUUUCAUUCUCUGCUACAAUCAUAUUCCAAAGUAGAUGACUACAGUUUGAAAGAAGAAUUAGUAAUUAUAAUGGAAAUCUGUUUCACAGGAACCUUAAUUUUCAUCUCAAUUUUCAUUAGGCUUAUAAUGUUCACACAUAAAUGUAAAGAUUGUGAUUAUUAGAUUUCAAUUCAUUGACAAUCAUGGGUUUUAAUAGAUGAAAGUGCAUAUGUCUAGUGAGAACUAAAAUUGUGCAUAUUGAAAUGGCCAUUGCAGAUUGCAACCUAAGUAACCCCAUCAGGAGAGUGAGGAGAGUUUUUGUCAAGUAAAGACAAUUCUUUCUCUCCCAUCUUUUUCGUCUUCCCAGGAUAUUAGCUGGUACUGGUACUUGGCCACCACCUUUGAACAGUGUCUUGAGAAGGAUGGACAUGAAGACUUGAAUACAAGAAUUUUUUUCAGUGCAGCUCAAUGAUAGAAGCUAUUGUUCACAAGACUGGAUUAGCAGUGAUUGAUUAUAGUGAUGGUGAUCUUGAUUGCGAUUUUUUGCGCAAGUUUGGAGUUUCGAUUACAAUUAACCAAUAAUGUAAUUGUUUUUAUAUUGAUAAUUGAAUGAUUUUACAAAUGUUUUCCCCCAUGAUUUUAUUGUUUUAUAAAUUUUAAUAUUGUUAAUGUUUAUUGAUUUUAGAAGAAAAAAUUAUCUUUGAGCAUAAUUACUUUAGAAACUAACUAACUUGUCAGAACUUCAAGCUACAUUAACAUUCAAGGGGUAUGCACAUGCUCUUCUGUUCUUUUCUUUAUACAGUUGUCUUAAAUCAGUAGUGAUUAAAGAAAUUGGAGCUCUAAUUGAAGUUCUUGUGGAAAGACAAUCAUAAACAAAAGAACCAAAUGAAUACAUUGCUCCUUUUAAGUCAUAAAUAUUUGGAUUAGAUAGGUUUGAGAGUUGAGUGACAUAAAUAUUACCAUAGCAUUGAGUGCUAAUGUUGAAAAGGAAUGAGCUGUGACCAGUAGUUGAUAAGGGUAUGUUUAAUUAUAUCCAUCUUUUAGUGCAUGUUUUUGACAUCUUUGGCACUGUGCCAACUGUGUUUAUAUAUUGCUUGACCAUCACAGUGUUGAGGCUGAUGAAUUACUUCAAAAGGAAAGAUUUGUACUGAAAUCCUGUUCUAUUUUGAGUAUAGCAUAUUAGUACUUUU